GCUGAAAGAAAAGCUUAUCCAGACUGUGAAGUGACAUGCUCUGGAUUUAGGAAACUAAACGACAUGGAGCAGGGAGCAGGACUUUAUACUUUGAGAGAUCUUUGGACUUUGGAGAUCUUGAUUUGAUCUGUUCGACGUUUUGCCGAGGAUGACUGAAAAAUAAAUGUCGAUUGACAAAUCAAUUGUGCGGGGGCGGUAUCUCUGACUCUAAAGUCUAUUUUUUUUUUCUCAGAUCAUGCCACGUUUGAGUUCACGCCUGUGACGGGCUGAGCAAAACAUCAUCUUCCUCCUCCUGCGUAACACACAGCUGCUGUCAGACAGCUCAGACCGAAAAGUUACUCAAGUUGUCUCUUAUUUUCCAGAUUUCAUUUUUUUUAUUUUUUUUUAUCUCAGCAUCGACUCCUUCAGACCCUGCUGUCCGCCGCCGGCCCGCCCCAGCAUGCUGGACUGACGUCUGAGGAAUGGCAUCGGCUGUGUUUGAAGGCACGUCGCUGGUCAACAUGUUUGUCCGGGACUGCUGGGUCAACGGGAUCCGGAGACUCAUCAUCAGCCAGCGGGGAGAGGAAGAGGACUUCUUCGAGAUACGGACAGAGUGGUCUGACAGGAACAUUUUAUACUUGCAUCGGAGUUAUUCCGAUCUGGGGCGGCUGUUUAAAAGACUGGUGGAGUCCUUUCCUGAGGACAGAAGAGAGCUCUCCAAGUCUCCACUGCUAGAAGGGCUGGUAAAAAUCAAAGAGGCAAACGACAUUGAGGAGAAAUUAAACGAGGUGGAAAGACUACUGAAGAAUGCCAUCAACAUGCCGUGCAAGUAUUCCAGGUCAGAGGUGAUGUUGACUUUCUUUGAGCGAUCACCGCUGGACCAGGUGCUGAGGAAUGACAAAGUCCACCGAAUCCAGCCGUGCUUUCAGAGUCCAAUCAAGAUAUCAGAAAUCAUGCGGUCAAAUGGAUUCUGUCUGGCCAAUACAGAAACCAUCGUAUUUGAUCACAGUCUCCCGGAAGAAAAGGAGAGACCCUCAUCCACCGACUCUGUGGAAGAUACGUAUGAGGAUGGAACAGAAUUUUUGCCAAUGGAAGCAGACCUGUGUGAUGAGGAAACCGAAGCGUAUGUCACCAACCUUUCCUACUACCAUCUGGUCCCAUUUGAAACUGACAUCCUGGAAUGAACAACUGAUGCCUGUUAAUGCACAUCUGAUGCUGUCAUUGAGGAAUAUGUACUCUUAAAUGGAACCUAUAGCUAUGCAAAGCUGCAUAUAGCUGCUCCAAGUAAAUGCUGCUUAUCCUAGCAAACUCUAGAGUUGCUUGUCGCCCAUUUUGGAGUGGCGCAGAUGUACAGUGCGCACCAAAUUAUUGGAAGAAUGCAACAGCUGCACCACUACUUAAUUUUUGCCACUUUGAGCGACGUCAUCACCAGUGUGCCUCAUUCAGAGCCUUACUUGAGUGUGUCAAGAAGAAACAGGAUGAUCUUUAUACUGGCUACAGAGGGCUUUCACGUGUUGUUACACAACCUGGGGCAGCAACAAGGGAGGUUCUUGAGUCCUGAGGCAGAUGUAAACAGCUGGAGAGGUUUCAAAAUGUGCAGCUUGACCACUUCAAAAGUAUUCAUCAAACACAUCAUUGUCUGUGGUUUGGAGUGUGAGUGCAGCCAGAGAGGGGAGGGCCACACGGCAGCCUACAGUAUCGGACCUUUCACUGUUAGAAAUGUAGCUGAAUCGACCAGCACGCCUUCUUUUUCUAUCUCAAUUGUUUUAUUGUGUCGUGUUUAUCUUCCAUCAUGGCAUCGGCCCGGUUUGCCAGGAGAUAUGUGACGCAUCUGCAAAGCCUAUUGUCUUCUCAUUGAAACUGCUCCCUGAUGAGUUAUCCACAGUGUUACCACUCUGGUGUUUUAUUCCUGUAGGAAUACAGCAAGCUGUCACAAAGAUAUGUGUAUAAUAUUUGUUUAUGGUGCACUUUCCACCAGCAUGUAGGAACCUUUUUUGUUUGUAAAAGACCAGCUUGAAACUUAUGGGAUUAUUCCUGUUUUGUUGCUGUGAUAUGCAGCUGGUUUUACAAACGUGAAAGAAUGGAAGUCUUCUGGUUUUUAGCAUUAAAAAAAAAAAAGUUGAUAGUAAAUGGAGCGAGAAUAAUGACGCUUUUAUGCUAAUUGACUCACUUGGGUUUUGGAUUACUGUGGAAUUAAAGAAUGUAAAAGAAAUGUUAAGUGUAUCAUUUUGUUGCAACUUUCCAGAGUCAGAACUUAAUGCUGCCUCUUUGGAUGUUGGAAUUUUCUUUAUGAAGUUUUGUCUGAAUAAUAAAGUACAGUAAAAUAUGUGUUUGUUACAUA